GCUAGCGUCUCUCUGUAUCCUAGUAACGGCGCUGCUAAAGGAUCUGUUGACUGUUAAGUUGUGUCGGAGUUCUAGUUCUAGAAGACCCUUAUACAACGCAGAUGGAACAGUCAUUACAGAUGGCAAAUACAUUAUCUAAUGUUGUGGAUAAAUUAGAUACACCAAGAACGAGUAACCUAAAAUUUCUACGUGAUAAGAGACUAAAUUAUUUUUGUGGAAAAAAUGCUAAAAGGAGCCUUUCUGAUACUGACAAACCCCAGCCUUCUGAGAUAAAGAAAAGUUUGCCACAUUGCCACCCUAAGAAAUCUGAAAGCCCAAGAAGAGCCUUUUCUACACCUUCAUCUAAACACUCUUUCUCUACACCUGGUGAAGUCCAAGUAAACCUUAAUGAUGAAACCAAAGCUGAAGGAACAAAUUUACAACCAGGAGCACAAAAAACAAACAUUAAGGAGCCACUAACUCAUCGGAGUCUAUUAAGCAGCAGUUUUGUUUCUGGUUUGGAUCAAGAAUUGUUGGAAGAUGUAUGUGUUCCAGAAUCUGACAAACUUCAGCAUGUCAUGUGCUGGGCAAGAAAGUUCAUCAACAAAUUUGAUGGAGAAGAAAGCUCACAAACUGUUACAACCCACAAAGCUGCUUUCUCUGGGGAUAAUUUAACAGUGGCAAAAAAUAUAACUGAAGAGCCUAAAAGGAAAUCAAAUCAUAAUACAUACAAACUAGCUCAUACAACCCCAUCUACCCCAUCUGUCUCAAUUAAUACUGUUCAACUCACCAACUCAUUAGAAGAUAAUGAACUUAAUUUGCAUAAAUCAGAAAACCUUUUAUCUAGUUUUGAGUCAUUUACUUUGUGUGAUGAUUCUGUGGAAUGUAACAGCAGUGAUAUAAAAAAGCUUGCUAAAGAAGAAGAAACGAGAGAAAUAUUUUGUGGUGACCGAAGCAUUAAGCAAAAAACUAGGGCAAUUUCAACUUUAUCGGCUGGCAGGACAAGUACUGAACAGGAUAACUUUACCAAGACCUUUUAUCACUGGAAUAACUGUCAGGAUGAGAAAGAAGCUGAUCGAAUUUUUGAAACAUUUCAAUCCUUGGAAAGAUAUGGAAGUGAUCCAAAUGUUUACAAAAGUAGAAGCAGAAUUUAUGAGACAAAAUCUGAUUGUGAAGAGAAAGAUGAUAUUUUGGAAAGAGGUAUACUUCAUGAUGUUGAACACAUUGAAAAUUUGGAUUCUGGUUCAGAGAGCAGCAGAGUAAAAGACUCUGGCACAUACACAAACUAUUUUGAAAGACUUAAAGAUAGACCAAGUUCUGCAAUGUCUACUGUUGACACAGAAAGACUUAAUACUCUUCUAUUAGAUCUUGGCAUUAACCAUAAAGGGUCAGAAGAGAGGCGUUAUCCCUCUGACACUGAUGGAUCAUGGACAAGCAGAACAUUUUUAGUGAAAAAAUUUGCAGAAUUUGAGACUGCAGAAAGGGGAGUGAUUGCAAAGUCACAUACUGACAGUUUACACAAUAAAAACCCAGAGCAACAGUCUUCCAUCAGCCACUUAGUUAAGUGUUUACCAGAUGACAUUUCCAGCACAUCAUCUAAGUUGUGCCCUGUGUGUGACUUUUGUAAUAUUUCAGGUGGAAGUUGGUGCACAGAAUGUGGCUCUAUAUUACUUGAUUCACAAACAAAACUGAAUGGAAAACAGACAGAAGGGAAGUUGCAAGUAAAACAGAAAAAAAAUCAGGAUGAAAUGUGUUUUACUAGGAGUUCCAAUGACUUUUUAAAUUAUAGUAGGAAUUUGGAUAAAACAUAUGUAUCAAAUGUGAUUGCUCAAGAUAAAAAGACACCAACAUGGGAGGAAAACUCAGAUGUAAAUUCUGAUGGUAAUGAGAGUGUGUUGGAUAAAUAUUUCUUUUAUGUGAACCACUUGGAGAUGAUAAGAAGCAAAGAACAAAAACAAGAGACAAAACAUUUGCCAUCCAACAACAGCUCAAGUGACUUGUCCAGUGAAGACUCUUCUGAAGAACAUAUUGAAGUUUAUUCACCAAGCAGAAUAGCAGAGCUUCAUUGCAGGUUUAUUUCAGAAGAUGAUUCUGAAGAAGAUGAAACCCACUUUUUAGAGGGUGCGCAAGUUGCAUUUAAACGAGAGGUAGCAUACAUUGGUGAGCAGGCAAAGGGGAAAGGUCAAACUUCAUUCAACAACCAUUUGAAAGAACUUGGGAUGAAAAAAUAUGGUCCAAAAGCUCAAAAAGAUCUGAAUGCUUCCCUAGAUAGAAACCUGCCAAAGGACACACACAUUGCAUCCAAAGUGACUGGUUCUAAGAGACAUUGGGAGAAGUCCAGUAUUGCAUGGGCCUCAUUCACACAUGGAGAGAUGAAGCCAAGAUCAACUGCUAUUCGGAGACCAGAUUCAGCCGAAUCCAGAAAGAGGACCUCUGGCAGUAAAUAUCAGGGGGAUAAUCAUGCAGGUGCUGAGGCUGAACAUUGUGCCAGAAGCAAAUACAGCAAGUUUGAUGAGAUGGCAAAAUGGGAUACUCAAAAAGACAUGUGGCUUCUGCUUCCAGAUGAACUAUGGAUAUUUAUAUUUUCCAAACUGCCACACAAAGAUCUUUCAAAGGCUGCUCAAGUGUGCCGGAGAUUCUGUCAUAUUGCAAACGAUGACAGCUUGUGGAAGAUCAUCGAGAUUACAAAUUGCCAUUCUCUGAAUGAUGACUAUUUGGCCAGCAUAGGCCAUCAUCACCCUGAGUCACUGAAACUAAAUCACUGUCAUGACAGUGGCCAGUGUAUUACAGAUGAGGGUCUAAGACAGCUUUUCCAGAAUUGCAAGGACUUUCUCAAGGAACUGAAGAUAACGAACGUUAGUGGCCCGAGGUUUGCGGGAGAUGCCAUCUUAUUCCAUGCCAGCAGUUAUUGCAGAAAGCUUACCUCUGUUGAUAUAAGCUGGACUGCAGCAACUGACAACGGAGUUAUUACUCUUAUAGACUCCAGUCCACAAGUGCAAAAUCUUUCUGUGAAUGGCUGUAAGAUUACAGAUCAUGCUAUCACUGCCCUUGUGCAGAAGCAUUCAAAAAGUCUUGUUAAAUUAGAAGUAUUUGGUUGCCAUGCACUCACUGCCAGAUGCCUGUGCACUGUGGCCACUGAAUGUGUAUAUCUGCAGUGCUUGAACAUUGGCAGACUACCAAAAUUUACUGAUGUAUGUUUAGCAAAGAUAGCAUCAAGCCUCAACAAACUGACUACACUCAAUGUGACAGGGCUUAAUGUGGUUAGAGACCGGUCAGUUCAUCAUAUUGUGAAACAGUGUUUAAAGCUUGAAAAUCUCACUCUCAGUUCAUGCUCUCAAGUAACAGAUGUAAGCUUGGUGGAAAUUAGCACUUACCUUCCAACUAUCAAAUAUCUUGAUGUAAGUGGCUGCAAGAAGGUAUCAGAUAUAGGCAUCCAAGCAUUGGCUAGAAGCUGUAAACAAAUUAACCAUCUUGAUCUUAGUUCUACAGGGGUAGGAAAGAGAGGGGUGUGCUUGCUAGCCAGCUAUUGCUACGCCAGUCUGGAAUGCCUAAAGCUCAGCUUCUGCAAGGACGUUACAGCUGAUGCUAUUGAAAAGCUCUGCAAAAACUGUAAACGGUUGAAGAUGCUUCAUUUAUAUGGCUGCCGUAUUUCUCCUGAUCUUGAUUACAUCAAAAAAUUCAGCAAAAGCUUCAAGAUUUUUCAUGAUUUAUCUGUCCCAGCUGCAAAUAUUUUAGACUAAAGGAGCAACAUGGAUACAACUACGAUUCUUGGUUAACUGCAAUGCCAAACUCCAUAAGAAAGGUGCAGUGCAACAUUAGGGAGGACAUUUAUUAACAUUCAGAUUGUCGUGGCUUUUUUUAAAACCAUGUAUGCAUCUAAUAUACACAGAGGAUUUUAACUAUUUCCACAUGUGUAGGCAACAUAGAUACUGAUAUGUGCUGUAAAUACUGCAAUAUGAAAAAUAAUACAUAGAAGAAGUAACUGGCAAUCAAAAUAUAAAAGUAUAAUUGUCUCGGUAUAAUUAUGUGCAGGUAACAUCACUAAAACAAUAGGUUCCAAUUAUCCAUUAAAUCUUAUUCCCUCUAAUUGGGUAAUUCAUCUAAGCUGCUGUGCAACUUCUUUAACACUAGCAUCAUAUGGACUACAAAAAAACAUCUGAUGCAAUGUACUUACCAAUAAAAUAGCAUAUAAGCUAUGUAGAGCCAAAUUACCGAAAGAUCCCUGAAAACACCAGGCCCCAAGCAUUCUGGAUAAUAGAUCCUAUACCUGUAUAUG